GAAAUCCUGAAGCGAAUUCUGCCUCUUGCUUUGAGUACGCACAGCUUCACACCACCUCAACCAGACGACAGAAAGAAUAGUCAGCACGGGGGGGAGAGGAGGGAAAACAUACAGGAGACUUGGCUGAUGCAUCUCUGCCACAGCAUCCAUUUCACGGCGAUUACAGUUGGAAGUGAAGGGAGACGGUGCGCAUUUUCUCUGAGAAACACGGUGCUCGUCUCCAUCCUCCAAAGUCUGUUUCUUGAGAGCGGCUGCGGAGCGGAAAGGACGCUUGUUCUCCUCGCCUCGGCUGCACGGACACUAUUUCAUAACAAGGCUGUUUAUUCAGAGGAAAAAAAGAAGAAGGGGGGAGCAGGUCAACCGCAGUUUCAGCCGGUUUCAGCAUCUUGUUCGUGGAGUGGUAAUUUUUGCGGCGUGCCGCUCGAGACGCUGAAGGAAUACCCAACGGUUUAAGUUUUCCUGGAAGUUGCGCAGUGGCAGAGAAAAAGGAUCAAAACAAAAAAGAAAAAGAUGGGAAUUUGUGGCUAUGUGGCGGCGCCUGGGAAAUGCCUUGUCGUCCUCGGACUUAAAUUGUUAUUCCUUGUACCUGCAGGAGUUCCAGCCAGAAGCGGGGAUUCUGUACUGAAGGACAACAUCACCGUCAGGCAGGGGGACAGCGCCGUCUUAAAAUGCAAUGUCGACAGCAAAGUCUCAAGAGUGGCGUGGCUCAACCGUACCACUAUUCUUUUUGCGGGGACAGAGAAGUGGUCCCUGGAUCCUCGCGUCGUCCUGAUGGAAAACACAGCGGUCACAGAGUACAGCAUCAAGAUCCAGAAUGUUGACGUUCAUGAUGAAGGUCCCUAUGUUUGCUCCAUCCUGACUAACAAGAAACCAAAAUCCACAAGAGUCCAUCUCAUUGUUCAAGUUCCUGCCAGGAUCACCAAUAUAUCGAAGGACGUGACGGUGAAUGAGGGCAGCAGCAUCCGUCUAAUGUGCCUGGCAGUUGGUCGACCUGAGGCCAACAUCAUAUGGAAGCAUCAUUCACCAAGAGGAACCCAUAAAUUUGUGACCGAGGGGGAACACCUGGAGCUGACAGGCAUCACCAAAGAGCAGUCAGGAUCAUAUGAAUGCAUCGCCUCUAAUGACAUCUCAAGCCCUGAUAUCAGGACAGUGCAAGUCACAGUCAACUACCCUCCCUUCAUUUCAAAGGCAAGGAGUACAGGUACCCCAGUUGGACAAAAAGGAGUCCUGCAGUGCGAAGCCUCUGCUGUCCCGAGGGCAGAUUUUGAGUGGUACAAAGAAGACCGCAGGCUACUCAACGGAAUAAAUGGGGUGAAGAUAGAGAACCAAGGUAAACAGUCGCUGCUUAUCUUUUUCAACGUCUCAGAAGAGGACUAUGGAAACUACACUUGUGUGGCCAUGAACACGAUGGGAAUCACUAAUGCCAGUAUAAUCCUGUAUGGUCCAGGUGCAAUGCAUGAUGUCAAUGGGGCUGCCAUGCUGCCCCAAAGCUCCUCAUGCCUCCUGCUGACUGUAACCGUAUUCUACCUUCUCAAGUUCUGAUGUAAAAUGAGACCCUCUUCACGCUUCUCUCAGCACUGAAUGGCAAGAACAGACUAUUAAUCCUACGAGAAGAAUGGGAGACCAAGAUUGCCACUGGUUCACCCUUUGUUUUCUUUCUAUUUUCCGUCUGGCUUUGCAUCAGAGUCUGUUCUCUGUUGGUUUGCAAAGAGUGAGAGGCGUCAAUCGGAAGAAGGGAAAAAUUUUAAUCAUGCACUAAUUUGAUGAUGGUAGAACUACAGAGUUUGUGUGUCCCCAAAUCUUUUUGUAUGUGAAAAGGGAAAAGAAAAAAAAUCUAAGUGUAACUGUUGAUAGUUGACUGUUUAUUGCCCAAUAUUGAAGUGUACAUUCAAAUUAUUACUAUUAUUGUGUCACAUCCUGUUCAAUAUCUGUACAAUACCAUUAAGCUUUUUUAAGUAAAUGACAAAAAAGGAAACAAUGCAAUGUGAUUGUUGAAUUUUACUGUAUUUUUACAGUUGUAUGCAAAUCAGAGUUACUGGUCCUUCAUGAUGAACAGUUUGGAAUGAUGAGGAGUACACCAUAAUUUCUCAGGCAAAGUCCUUCAGCAUAGUGCAUCCAAAUUUCUAUCUCCAUCAUAGUGUGUGUAAAAAAAUGUACAAAUAUGGUCAGACAAUUCCUGCAUUGUUUUUAGAAAUACAUUCACUUAUCAAAUGGCAUUGUAGACUCACCUCAUUGCAGUGUCAUAGCAGCUUCAAGGUGAAUUCAUACUGACAAUCUGAAAUCAGAUAUCCAGACUCAUUCAUGUGAAAUGAAACUUAAGACUGAAGUCAUGGUCAAAACUGAUGCUGGCAUAACCGAGUACAGAGUUGUGUGAAGCUAGUGGAAUUUGGCAUUAAACCAGCUUCUCAUCAGGCACUCAAGUAAAUAUGUUCUUUUGCUUUAGAAAAUGAAAUCUUUGGUUUUAAAGUUUGGAGCCAGUUUUAUUAAAUUCAAUGGUGAGUUAGUGUUCUCUAAUUUUAUAAAAGUAAAAACACAUUUGAUUCAUUUCCUCUCAGCCAACCACAGUGGCCCUUCUGCUAGUCGAUUUUUACACAAUGACGACUUUGUGUUUUGUACUUUUUCUUCUUUUGAUGCAAAACUAACAAAUGCAUGGUCAGUGCAAAACAUAUUUCACCUGUCAUCAAGGUCACAUUUACAGAAGACUCAGAAGAAAAAAACCUAACUGUAAAGAAAGAAAUUUAAUAGACCAUGACUGUGUUUUUGCAAGUUUCAGCUUAAAUUUUUGUAGCAUACUUUCUUUUCCACCCACAUCUAUUUGACUUCUGGUAACUAAUAAUUUUUAUGUAUUAUUAUUUGCAUGAAUAUUUCCUUAACCCAAAUUUUGCUUUGUUUCUGCCAUCAUUGUGAAUUAAUGCAAAUGAAAAGUAUAAACAAGACAAAAACAGACAUCAAUGCUAUCUUAUUUGUAUUUUUAGCAUAAAUUAGCAAAUUUGUGUGGAAAGUGUUUUUAUUUAAUAUGUAAAUUUUGUUACAAUCAAGGUUUAUAUACAAGCAUGCUGUCAGGCCCUUUUUUUUAAAUACAUAUUUAUUCCACAAGUAUUUUAUUAUUGGCUCAUUGAAAGGCAGAAAAUUUUGGGACACUUCCUUCACCAGAGUUUCUUAAAUGAAAGUGUAAAGAUUUUAUUUUUUCUCAGGAGACAUAACAAAAGCAAGAUGAGUCAACUUGAAUGAAUCUUCCCUGAAGCUGCUAUGAAGCUUUUUUUUUCAGGUGUUGUGAAUGUGUGCUUUUGACCCGAUGUGCCCGAGGUUAACGGUGGACACUGUUCUUCAGACUACAAGAUAAACAGUUUCAUUCAAUGGCUAGUGAAGGAACUUUCAAGGGACAUUUCUCUUUUUUUUCUUAGUCAGCCUCUUGAUAGAAUUCCCCAGUGAAAAGAAAAUUCAUAGAGCACAAGCAAACGCUAAUGUGAUGUUCCUCUGUUGUCCAGUUCACUCUUGUGCAAACCUAUGAGUAAGACGUGUUGAAGACAAAAAGAACAGGGAUGAGACUGAAUUAUGUGGGAGUGAUUUUAUUGUACUCACAUGUUAAGUUAUGUGCUUGUGAUGAUGAUAGUGAACCAGUCAGCUAUGGACUAUGGAAUAUGUUGCAGGAUGAAAUUUCCCUUUGCAGGCUUUGUUUUUGCAAAAAGCACAGAUGAGUGAGAUACAGAUACCUGCAGAAAUUAGGUUAAAGGUUACUGUCAUGCUUUCCAUCCCAGAUAGAUCAACAGAACAAAUAUUGAUGUCAAUAAUCUUGAAUCAGUUUGUUUUAAAUCCCUAUUAAAAGAGAACUGACACUGGAA